GAGAUUAUGUGGUUAACAUGGAUGUCAUGAAUCACGACAACUAGUUGCAACUUUUAAAUAUAGGUAAAUAAUAAAUUAUGUAUAAUUCAAAGAAACAUUAAAGAAAUGUUAUACGAUCUGAAACAAUAAAUCGAAAUAAACUACUGCAAAAUAAAUAUGGCUAAUAGAAAUCAAAAUUUUCCAAAAGGAAUUCAGGAAAAUCAAAGUUUUGAAGAAAAUUAUACGCAAUUAAAAUCCAAUCAGCAUGAAACCCCACAGAAUCCAAUUGAACAAACCCAAAAACAAGUUAAGGAAUUGGUCGAAAUUUUACAAGAAAAUGUUAAUCUGGCCAUAAAACGUGAAGAUAAUCUAAAAGAUUUAACAAAAAUUUCCAAUGAUUUAGAAAAUAAUGCUGAACAAUUUAAAACAACGACAGAUAAAGUCAAACGUAAAGUAUGGUGGAAGCAGAUGAAGACUAAAUUAGUUUUUGUAGGACUGGUUGUGAUUCUGCUGUUAGUGUUAAUAUUUUCAUUAAUGUAAAUGUUUACUUUUAAAUAAAUGCAAUGGAACUGGAAAAUA